AUGACAAGCAAAGGUAGCGACGGGCAGGCGUUUGCCCCCGUGCUAAAUGCAGUCGCGACAAUGCAGGGCAAUGUGUCGCGCUCCGAUAAGGCGCACGCCCAUGAGUUUCUUGAGAAAUUCCAGAAAUCAGUCGACGCCUGGACGAUGACGCAUGCCAUGUUACAGUCCACAAAUAUUCCGAUCGAGGCGAAACUUUUUGCGGCAACCACAUUGAAAGGAAAGAUAACCUAUGACCUCGACCAGUUGCCGCCCGAUGCGGUUCUUCAGCUACGAGAUUCAAUCCUGAGCCAGCUUGUCACAUUUGCUGCGGGCCCGCGUCCCAUUCAGACGCAGCUUUGCGUGUGCCUAGCCAAUCUUGCGAUCCAGAUGACCACGUGGAAGGACGUUUUAGCGACAGUAGGAUCAACAUUAGGGAGCACUGCGGGGGACUGUGUUCUGGAGUUUCUGAGGAUUCUCCCCGAGGAAGUGACGGAAGGUCGCAAAAUCAACCUGAGUGAAGAGGAUCUCCAGACCAGGACGAAAGAGCUUUUGGACGAUAAUGCGGAGCAGGUCAUGCACCUUCUCCUUCAAUACUCGCAGUCUUCAGCUUCUGCGGCUACAAACCCCCGAUUAAUUGACUGCAUAACGUCUUGGCUGCGCGAAAUUCCGGCCACGCAGAUUGUCGAGUCCCCACUGCUGGAUGUUAUUUUAAAGGCCCUCGAUAACGAUUCUUCUUUUGAUUCGGCCGUCGACUGUAUAUGUUCGAUCUACAGAGAUACGCGGGAGGUGGAUGACUCGGUUGCUGCAAUUCAAAAAUUGUACCCUCGGAUAGUCUCUCUUCGACCGAAACUUAGACAAACGGUAGAGGAAGACGAUUUGGAAGCUUUCAAAGGGUUGACUAGACUGUUCGCUGAGGCUGGAGAAGCUUGGGUGGUUCUAGUUGCCAGACUUCCCAAUGAGUUCCGAGAGCUCGUUGAAGCUGUCCUUGAGUGCUGUCUUCUCGACAAAGAACGCGAGGCCGUGUCUUUUACAUUUAACUUCUGGUACGAGCUCAAGCAAUACCUUGUGUUGGACCGAUAUGCCGAAGCCAAAGCAGCCUUCCACGGCAUCUUUUCCCGUCUGGUCGACAUUAUGAUUAAGCAUCUCGAGUUUCCAAAACCGGAGGAUGAAGGUUCAACCGAUCUUUUCGACGGUGACCGCGCACAGGAAGACCGUUUCCGAAUGUUCCGUCAUUCUAUGGGUGAUGUGCUCAAGGAUUGUUGCGCGGUAAUCGGGGUGAGUGAAUGCCUGAUGAAGGCAUAUCAGCAAAUUCAGCAAUGGGUAUCAAAAUACGCUUCGCAGUCGACCAACGAACACGUCCCCCACUGGCAAGAGCUCGAAGCGCCUGUUUUUAGCAUGAGAGCUAUGGGUCGAAUGGUGGAUAUCGAAGAGGAUACAGUCCUUCCUCAAGUUAUUCCUCUCAUCGUUCAGAUCCCUGAUCACGAAAAAGUCCGAUUCUCGGCAAUCAUGGCCCUCGGUAGAUAUACAGAGUGGACUGCGAACCAUCCAGAAACAUUGGAGUCACAGCUUAAUUAUGUUAUCUCUGGGUUUCAGCACAGCUCUCCAGACGUUGUUGGAGCUGCAGCCUUGGCUUUCAAAUAUCUUGGAACAGACUGUAGUAAAUUGCUUGGGGGUCAUAUCCCUCAGCUGCACACAUUUUACGAAUCAGUUCUCGAUAAGCUCAAACCACCCAGUCAAGAAGAGGUUACUGAGGGUGUGGCCGCUGUUGUUGCGUUGCAGCCGCUUGAUAAGGUAUACGAAUCUAUGAAACUCUUCUGCGACCCUAUCAUGGCAAGAGUUAUGAACCUAGCCAACAACGCCCAGGACGAACAAGGCCAAAAGGCUGUAGCAGAUCAUUUGCAAUUAAUUACUAUUUUCAUUCAAAUUGUGACACCUUACGUUGGCCCUCGAACCGAGAAUCCUGCCGUAAAGUACUGCGGUGAAAUUCUCCCGAUCAUGAACACACUCGUAUUGAACUUCACCAAGUCGACACCUAUACUAGAGCGCGUUUGUCGUUGCUGGAGGUACAUGGUUAUUUCAUACAGGACAGCCAUGAUUUCCCUGUUGCCAAGUCUGGCGCAAAGCUUGGCUGCUGGCUUUGAGGCAUCGCGAGAGGGUUGCUUCUUGUGGGCGACUGACGCCGUUGUUCGGGAAUUUGCAGAGGGGGCAGAACUUGUGGACUCUGCAACUAGUCAAGCUGUGUAUCAAUUCUUUGAGCAGCAAAGUAUUGCGUUUUUACGAAUUUUGAACGACUUGCCUCCUGAACAGCUCCCAGACGCAGUUAUCGAGGAUUACUUCCGUCUGGCCAGCGAUGCUGUCCGCUUCUAUCCUCAGGAAUGUGUCACGUCAUCUUUGGUGGGACCGAUCUUCUCUGCUGGUCUCAGUGCCCUCACUCUACAACAGACCGACCCGCUUAUUGCGACAUUGCAUUAUUACCGUGACCUUUUGAGCUUUGCAUUCGAAACGCCGUCGAUGUCUAAUUUCACCAGCUCCGACGGAAAGCCUUACACCAACCCAAUCGAAGUUCAAAAUUCGGUGAAGGAUCUGCUGACAAACCAAGGCCAACUACUCGUUGAACGAGUAAUGACAGGCAUGAUGUUCAGUUUCCCAGAAGACUGCUUCCCAGAUGCAUCGGGUAUUCUUAUGACUCUAUUUGAAAUGAUGCCACCACAGACUGGUUCUUGGGUCCAGUCCACAGUCGAGAGACUCCCAGCAGGGACAAUGAAGCCCGGGGAGGCCGAGAGACUCCUGACAAGUAUUUCAGAGAGGAUCCAAUCUGGCGAGACUCGCAGGAUACGUGUACUCUUACAAGAUUUCACCAACUCAUAUCGCCGACGAAAUGUGGCUCCCCGCGACGGCCUUGGAAGAUUGGAAGCUACACGAUUUCGAUUCAGUGGAUAG